GAGAAAUGAAAGCAAAAAAAAAAACAGGCAAAAUAUGGGCGCCUUUCCUUAAAACCAAAAAUUUUCCUCUUUCGUUUUUCCAUUUCAUGCAAAAAGACCCUCAAAAUUUCUCUGUCGUUUAGUACUCCAAAAACUAGUUGAUUCACGUGCACCGUGUGUUUCAAGAGUGUGAUCACCGACUCAGUAAUUUUCUUUAAACAAAUAUAUUUUUUCCUUCGAAACUGAACGUGAAUUUUUUUUUCAUUGUUCGGUUUGGCGGUUAUUUUUGAUGGGAGAUACAGAGAGUUGCAGUAGUAGACCAGCGGAUUUUGUGCAGAGUCGGAGUCGAAAUCGAAGGCAAAGAGUUGAGGUUUAUAAUGAAGUAAUUUGUCGUCUCAGGGACUCUAAUCACGAAGAGUCAAAGCUUCCUGGCUUUGAAGAUGAGCUCUGGGCUCAUUUUCAUCGACUUCCUACUAGGUAUGCAAUGGAUGUGAAUGCAGAGAGAGCAGAAGAUGUACUCAUGCAUAAAAGAUUACUUCAGUCGGCUCAUAAUCCAGUUACUCGGCCUGCAAUUGAAGUCCGCCUUGUGCAGGUCCGUUACAUUACUGAUGGAAAUUUUGGUGACUCGGUUCAUUCUCACUCUACAGGAAAACUGGAACUUAAGUGUUCUGAUCAUCCCUCCAACCAAAGCAUUCUUCCGCCACCAGCCUUCGGUUCAUUACCUGAACUCGACCUUGUCUGUGAAGCUCGUAAUAAGGAUAUGUCUAUGAUUGCCAGUCCAGUUUAUUCUCGGCUGAUGCACGAAAUCACUAUUUCAACUAGUGAUAAACCAAAACUUCUUAGUCAGUUAACUUCCUUGCUAUCUGAGAUUGGUCUGAACAUUAUAGAAGCACAUGCAUUUUCUACUAUAGAUGGCUACUCCUUGGAUGUGUUUGUCGUUGAUAACUGGGCACAUGAGGAAACGAAGCGUCUGAGAAACGUGCUGUUAAAGGAAAUUCAAAAAUUCGAGAAAAAUGCUAGGCUGAAAUCUAAUGCCAUUUAUCCUGUUGCGGUACAAGAGGAAAAGGAAAUCAAUCUUAUGAGUAACCAUGUGAAUAUACCUGCUGAUAAAAUGGAUGUAUGGGAAAUUGAUCCAAGCCUGUUAAAAUAUGAAGAAAAAGUUGCAUCGGGUUCCUACGGAGAUCUGUAUAAAGGUACAUUCUGUAGUCAAGAUGUGGCCAUAAAAGUUCUUCGAGUUGAACAUUUAAAUGAUAAACUCCGGAAGGAAUUUGCUCAAGAAAUUUUUAUCAUGAGGAAAGUUCGUCACAAGAAUGUCGUCCAAUUCAUUGGUGCAUGUACCAGACCUCCAACCUUGUGCAUUGUGACUGAAUUUAUGUGUGGUGGAAGCAUGUUUGACCUUCUCCAUAAACAAAAACAAACUUUUGACCUCCCAUCGUUGGUAAGAUUAGCAAUUGAUGUUUCCAAGGGAAUGAACUACUUGCACCAAAAUAAUAUUGUACAUAGAGACCUCAAAUCAGCCAAUCUUUUGCUAGAUGAAAAUGGAGUUGUGAAAGUUGCUGACUUCGGCGUUGCUAGAGUGCAAGAUCAGUCUGGUGUGAUGACAGCAGAAACCGGUACAUACAGAUGGAUGGCUCCAGAGGUUAUUGAGCAUAAGCCCUAUGAUCAUAAAGUUGAUGUUUUUAGCUUCAGCAUUGUACUGUGGGAGCUGCUUACAGGAAAGCUUCCAUAUGAGCAUUUAACCCCAUUACAAGCGGCGGUUGGUGUGGUCCAGCAGUGUACAAGGCCUUCAAUACCAAGUGAUACUCAUCCGAGGCUGGUGGAACUGCUCGAGAGAUGCUGGCAGCAAGAUCCAUUAUUAAGACCUGAAUUCUCUGAAGUCUUACAAUUACUACAGAAUUUAGCCAAAACGUGUAAGCAGGUUACGAAGGAAAGGAGGGAGAACAUGCAGGGAGCCAUGAAAUCAAUGAGAAGAGGCAGACAUUGAGGUAAAAUGAGUGAGAUCAUUGUAUAUAGCAUCGUAAAUCAUUUUUCAUGGGUCCUUAUCUUACCUUUAACAUUUAGAUUCGUCCACGUGGAAGUAUGUGCUUGAGCAUGUAAUAUAUAAAGAUUUAAUUUAAAGCUAUGUUACCCGGUGUUGACGUAGAAUUGUUCAUGGCACAGUUUCAGACCUUAGCCUCGCUUCUAUAGUGUCUGGGUCGCUGUUUUGCAGUAAUCAAGUUGGGAAUAUAGUUCAAUACUUGCAGAAUUAAGAAUUCA